AUGCUCUACGAAUUAAUCGCAAUUGCACGGGUCCGACCAGGCAGCCUCUCCGAGGUGAAGGAGAUCGCCCAAACCGUCGGUUCCCUCGUCCUCAAGAAUGGCGGUGUCGUCCGCGGUCUUGCCAACUGGGGUGUCUUCUCCCUGCCGAAGCCGAUCUCAGUGCAUCAGAUGAAGCACACACACGGCCAUUACUUCGUCAUGCGAUACGAUGCCGCCUCAAAGGUCCACCAAGACGUACGAAAUACAUUGCGCCUCGAACCCCGAAUGAUUCGUGCCGCCCAUGUCAAGCUUGGAGACGGAAAGCUUGAGUCAUUAGCCAGAUUUGGGCCGCCCAAGUGGAAGACGACUGGUAGUGAGGCAUAA